AUGAAAAUAGAUGCCCGGCUGUUCGUGAACAACGCCAACGAAGAAUGGCUGGCACUGUUCACCGGACAGAUCAAUCUGUUCUCUGCACGCAACACGAUCGUGCUCACCAACAACGCUGGUGAAUACGUGCUGCCCGCCAGCAACCUACGAGCAGAAAAAUCCGGUACUACAAUUCUGAUCCUGAGAAACGGCGAGCAAUAUGCUCUCAGCUUUGAUACGGAAAGAAACCGCAAUCUUUACUACGAAUUUUUCAAUGAAAACGUUGACUUCAACAGCUUGGAAGAACUUGGCGUGGUGCUGACAGCAAAAUUGUCAGAGUUUAGCGUGCUGUACGUUGUUAAUAAAGUGAUUAGCGGGUUGUACAUUGACCAGCUGGUUACGAGUUUUGAUGGAGCGAUUUUUGCGGAUUUGGUGGCUUUGAGGAAGGAUACGAUCGUGGUUGAGCUUAUGGAACGCGAGAAAGAAUUGCUUGCCGUUUUGCCAGCUGUUGAUGAGCGUAAAGAAAGAGGAAUUGGUUUGCAAAACAGAGGUACGUUCCUUUUAGGAGACUUGUAUGAUUUGAGCGCAUGUACGGGUGGUGCUGAACAAAGCACAUCUGUGAAUGACGAGGAAAGUGCGAUGCGUGAUGGUGGUGAGGAGACGAAAGGCCUGACAAGUACGGAUGAGUUGAACAGAGCGAAGGAAGUUGUAACGAGUUUGACGAACGGAACAGAUCGUACGGUUAGCAGAGAAGGAACGGUACAAUAUUCGUUAAACAGAACCAGCAAGGUGAGCGAUGAGCACACAACCGGUGAUAAUCCGCAUGUUGCAGGGAAUGAGCUGUUAAAUCGUAUGUUACUUCUCAUAGAAGACGGAAAGACCAGAGAAUACCUGCGCAGCAACGAGUCGAAACAUAAAAAAUUGCUGCUCAUCAACAAAAUAAACAGAAAGGCACUGCCAGGCAUGCAAAAGGAUGUUCUACUCCCCCUUCUACCGUACAUUAGGGCAGAUAUACACGCACAGAAGAUGUUCCUGCGCCAGUACGCCAGCAUCACCGUGGAGAUGUUCAUCAAUGAUGAACGUACGAUGGCACAAAUAAUCCGUGAGCGCGAAUUCUUUGAUCCGUUCAAGGAGUACGUCCAGAACGUACUUACGUACGAAAAGGACAACGUGCGCGUUACCGUGCUGGAGAUACUCAAAAGAAUGAUGCGUACCGGUGAUCACACGUUCCUUACCAAUUUGUUCCUGUGCCUGCCCGAUAUGCUGCUCGUCAACGAGUUCUACUCAAACACGCCGCCAAGAAUCGAAGAGAUGAUGCACUCUGUGAUGAUAUUCAUCUCUGAGAUGCACGAUUACUACGCCUUGGACUUCUUUCUGUCCACGAAUCUCCUAAAAAGAAUGAUUGGUGCGCUUUUAGCACACGAUCUUUCCAACAGGGUGUUCGUGCUGCGCGUGAUUUUGAACCUGAUACGUACCUUUGGACGGGUCAUUGUUGAUUACGUUGCUGAGCACAAGGAGGUGCUUGUGAAGGUGUAUGAAAGUGUGGUAGAAGAUAAGAACAUGCUGUACUCGUUGAUGUGUGCGCUGUUUAUUCUGACCAAACCACAUUUUGAUUGCGUUCUCAAGGACCUGUGCGAAUGA